AUGUUGUUCAUGAAGAAGAGUAUGAAGCUUCUGGCACACGGUGCCACAUAUCGGAAGUGGACCUUCACGCUUGCCGACUAUUUUUCCAAGCGAUUCUUUCGUAUUUACCCGUUGUUCGCGUUGGUGGCCACUGUGCUGUGGAUGCUUCCCCAUGAUGUUAAGCUGCUCACGUUCGACUUUGAUCAGCGUUUCUUCGUGUUCUGGACACUGCCAUUAGCGAUUUCCUAUUAUCUCUUCAUCCCUGUAUUCGUGCUAGCGGUGCUAAAACUACGGAGCUAUUGGUGGAUUCCGUUUAGCUCGGCCUACUGUUGGGUCAUGUACGAGGGCUGGUACACAUUUCGCUGGAGUCACAUGGGAUUAGCGCCUCACUUUCCAACGUUUCUCGCUGGCUCACUGGCUGCGGUCAUUUUCGUUAAACUGGACAUUCUGAGCUUUCAAGGACUCUUUUUCAACUGGAUUCACGCCAACAUUGCACCCCAGACGGCAGGCUUCCCAUUCAUCAGCGUCCUUUUGACCGUGAUAUUCGUGAUUGAAAUACUUCUGCCAUCCUCUCUCUUCUCGAUCUAUCUGCUUCACGGACUUGUCAUCUACACUGAUGCAAUAAGUGAGCAGCCCAGCUACUACGACCGAAUAUUCUCUACCUUUGGCCUCACGGUGCUAGUUGCGACAGUUUCUUACAGCUUGGUAGAAUAUCCAUCCCAACUACUGGCGCAACAUGUUACUCGAGAACUUGCCAGACGAGAGGUACUGGGACUCUGA